UAUUUUGUUAAAUUUUGAUUACCAUUCCAAAAGUUCAUUUGGAUUCGCAUUGAAGGGGUAAUCACAUUCCCAUUCACUAAUACAAUUUGACAAAACAAACACAAAUAAUGAGAAUCAUUCUCAUUCUCAUUCAUCCCUUUUAUGGCGAACCAAACAACUCCACCUCUAAUAGCCACUCACCGCCCCACCGUUCUCCGUCCACCACCACAUGCCCACCAACGCCUCAACGGUCGGAAUUUUUUUCCGAUCGUCUUCUUUGAUAUGUUUUUUAAAGGAAGAAUAGACCAAGUACGUUCUUAAAAGAACAGACUUGGGAUAUGUUCUUCACCAAGAACAGAUCGAAGAAGACGACCGAAAAAAAUUCAGUCGUGCGGCGGUGGCCAGAAAACGGUGGCAAUGGCGGGUGACGGCUAGGGGGCAAGUGAUUUGAUUGGAUUUAAUUGGGUUGUAUUUGAUUAAGUUAAGUUUUUUUAAUUUUUAAUUUUUUAAAUUGCAUUUAAAGAUAUCUUGAGUAAUUUGGGGUUUUGGUGGGUGUCAGCUGACAUGUCUUACACAUGUUUGAGAUGAGAGUAGGGAAAUCGCUGCCACUUCAACGAUUUUAAGAAAUACCCGCUAUUUUUGGUCUCAGGAGUUUAGUGAGUGCCGACAUAAAAAUCAGAAGGUUUAGUUAUCGUUUUUAAAUAUAAAUUCGGUGAUCACACACCCAAAAAUCAGGAAAGAUGGGUGAUUAUUUUCAGGUAUUAUGUGAAAUUGGCUGAGAUUUGAGCACACUGUUUUGGAUUGCAUGUUCUUUUAAGAAGCUUUUUGUUUGUAUAAUCAUAAUAUUUUAUGCACUUCAUUUAAUUGUAAAGAUGAAGACUAACUAAUGUGGUUAGCCAUUCAAUGAGACAAGUUAAUGUCGUCUCCUGCUUUAUUACUUUUCAAAAUGCCUAGACCUGUUUUAAAAAUGGGCGACGCGGGAAUCAAUAAAAUCCAUUAAACCCGCCCACUGGUUUUGGUUUACCAAGAUAAUCGUAAUUAAAAAAGAACCCAGUUUUUUUCUCUGCAAACUAUGGAGAAUAGCGACGUCGAAGUGAAGGAGGAGAAUCAAGAUAUUGAAAAUGAAAUUGAAGGGAAUGAUGCCAUGCAAAUCUGUGGUUCUGUUGCAGCUGAUUCUGAGAAAAACAAAGGUUUUGAGAGUGGAACUUCUUACAAGAACAAACUAAGAAAUAAAGAAAGAAAGGCGUAUGCUGAUGUAAUUGGGUAUGAUGAAGAGGGUUCAGUCUCCAGGAAGCGUGGCCCAAAACCCAAACCAAAACAGACUCUACAGCACCAAAACAAUCAUGGCAAACCAAGUGAAGUUCAACCUGAGAGCACUCAUGAGAUCACAGAAGAUGUUCGCGUAACGUGCCAUCAAUGCAAGCGAAAUGAUAAGGGCAGGGUUGUUCGUUGCCAACGCUGCCAAAACAAGCGAUACUGCAUUCUGUGUUUGACUAAAUGGUAUCCUAUGAUGUCAGAGGAAGAUGUUGCCGAAGCUUGUCCAUUUUGUCUUCGGAAUUGCAAUUGUAAAGCUUGCCUGCGUGAUGAUUCGAAAAAUCGUCUGAAACGUCCACGAGAGCUGAACGUUGAUAAUAAUAAGCAACUGCUGCACUGUAAGUAUAUAGUCCAAACUCUUCUUCCCUUCCUGAGGCAGUUAGAUGAAGAACAAUUGAUGGAGAAAGAUAUUGAGGCUAGGGGAAAAGGUCUAUCUCCUGUAGAUAUAGAGAUACACAAUGCUGAUUGUCCUAAGAAUGAGCGCAUCUUCUGUGACAAUUGCCGAACAUCUAUCUUUGAUUAUCACAGAAGCUGUUCAAACUGCUUUUCUGAUAUCUGCCUUGUCUGUUGCCGAGAGAUCCGUCAUGGACACCUACAGGGAAGUGCCCAGCAGGUUGUUACGGAGUAUAUUGAUAGGGGGUUUGAAUAUUUACAUGGUAAAGAGGGAACAUAUAAAAAAACAGAUAGAUUUCCACUGGAAAAUGGAUCUGAGUUCCAGGGGUUAAAUUCAGGAUGGAAAGCAAACGAAGAUGGAAGCAUUGCUUGUCGUUGUGGUAUUGGAAAUUUAGAACUGAAAUGUCUGUUCUCAGGAAAUUGGGUUUCGGAAUUAUUAAAAAGAAUGGAAGAUGUUAGACAUUCUUAUGAACUUGACCUGGUUAAAACUUCAUCAAAGCGAUGUGUGUGUUUUAAUUCCCAUGGAGAUGUUGUCAUAGAGAAUAGUCAAUUGUUAAAAGCAGCAUCUCGAGAUGAUUCUGAUGACAAUUUUCUGUACAAUCCAAGGGCCAGAAGUAUAACAGAGGAGGAUUUGAACCAUUUCCAAUACCAUUGGAUGAGAGCUGAGCCUGUGAUUGUUAGUAAUGUUCUUGAAACUUCGACUGGCUUGAGUUGGGAGCCAAUGGUUAUGUGGCGUGCCUUCCGCCAGAAAUGUAGUGGAAAACAUGACAAACUUUUGGAUGUGAAGGCUAUUGAGUGCUUGGCUUGGUGUGAGGUAGAUAUUAAUGUACACAGAUUUUUUGAUGGAUACUUGACUGGCCGAUUUGACCAAAAGGACUGGCCUCAGAUAUUGAAAUUGAAAGACUGGCCUUCUUCUACUAUGUUUGACGAACUUCUGCCCCAACAUGGUGCUGAAUUUACUCUUUGUUUGCCCUUUAAAGAGUAUACACAUCCUGAGAAUGGACCUUUGAAUCUUGCUGUCAGAUUGCCUAAGGACUCUUUGAAGCCAGAUAUGGGGCCAAAGACAUAUAUUGCUUAUGGAUGCACUCAAGAACUUGGGCGUGGAGAUUCUGUUACCAAGCUUCAUUGUGACAUGUCGGAUGCGGUAAAUGUGUUAACACAUACGGCUGAAGUGAUCCUUGAGCCUGAGAAACUUGCUAUUAUAGAAACACUUAAAAGAGAGCACAGGGAGCAAGACCUUAGAGAACUUUAUGGUAACAAUCAGGUUCAGCAGGAAGAAGCUAAAAUGCAGAAUGGUUGUAGUGGCACUUCAAUUGACAACUAUAUGGUUGAGGUUGGUGAAAAAAUUGAGCAUGCUCAGUCCAAUGAUUGUUCUUUUCGAAUGAAACCAGAGAUGAAAAGGUAUAAGCAAGCCGAAUCAUUUCAAGACAAAUCAGAACUGGAAAGUAGUGUGGCUGAUGUUCAAGGUUCAUGCUCUAGUAAUGGUGGCCAAUUAAAUUGUGGAAAUGAAAUUAUCAAAAAAAAUUGUGGAAAUGAGUUAGGGAGGCCAGAUGAGGGAGGUGCUAUUUGGGAUAUCUUUCGGAGAGAAGAUGUUCCUAAGUUGCAGGAAUAUCUUAACAAGCACUUCAAAGAGUUUAGACACAUUCACUGCUGCCCGUUGCAGAAGAUUGUUCAUCCUAUUCAUGAUCAGACCAUUUAUUUGACUCGAGAGCAUAAGAGGAAGCUGAAAGAGGAAUAUGGCAUUGAACCAUGGACUUUUAUCCAAAAACUUGGCGAUGCAGUCUUUAUUCCUGCCGGCUGUCCGCAUCAAGUGAGGAACUUGAAGUCGUGUAUAAAGGUAGCAAUGGACUUUGUUUCACCAGAAAAUGUUGGUGAGUGCAUCCGUUUGACAGAGGAAUUCCGUUUACUGCCCCAAAAUCACCCAGCGAAAGAGGACAAGCUGGAGGUUAAGAAAAUUUGUCUUCAUGCUUUGAAAUGGGCCGUUGAUGUUUUGGAGGGUAUUGAAGAGCCCAAGGAAGGUGCAGUGGAAACAACUCAGAAAAAGACGAGAGGGAGGAAAAAGCGAUCGCGAUGAUGAUAAUUUGCUGGCCUUUAUUUGGUCAUUAUGUCUACGGGAAUGAUUUGCUAAAUUUGGAGUUGUCUUGUGCAUAUCAUCAACCUUACUGUGAGAUUGUAUGGUGGAACAAGUGAGGUUAAGGUGCAUUCUGAAGAGAAGGGGUUCUGUAUAAUAUCUGAUUCAGCCGAAAUGCUGUCAUUAUCUGUACUCAAGUAUAUCUCUCCGGUUCAAUGAUAUGUGCAUAAUUAUAUUGGUGCAGCUGAGGCACAUUCUGUUAUUGAAUUGUUUUAUUAGCCGUUAGAUUGUUGUUGCUUUUAUUGUGUGAAUUGUUAUCUGAGCUGGCAUAUACAGCCAAGGCUCUAUAUGAGAGAAUGUAACCGUUAGAAGGGAUUAUGCUUUUAUGAAUGAAAAUUCUCUUUCUCUCUUC